AUGGCAUUGUUCCUGUGUUGGCUGGCGGUCGCCCUGGGGGCCGCCUGUUUGCUUGCGGCAACCACGCCCGACAACAGCUUCUACGACAUGGGCAAGGGGAACGCGGAAAAGGCAACGGCGUGCCUGAUGAAUUAUUGGCUCGUGGAUUUCAUCACAUGGUGGUUUCAGGCGCAGGUGGUGACCAGCCUGGAUACAGAUGUGGCGGACCCGGGAGGCCUGGGGCGGAAGGGAACGCCGAUAUCAAGUUCGUGGCCUGUCAUCGCGACCAAUUUUGUAGUGUUGUUGUUGGCUCUAUUCGUCGUUGGUGGGGUGCACGCCUGUAACCAUGAGGUUCUUGCAGUCGCAGCCUCGAAGAGAAAGCUAGGGAUACAUCAGCUCAGGCAGAAGUCUUUGGGCUGGCUGCCAAAUGUGGACGGCGAUGACGCGGACGAAGAUGGCUCUGGGCAAUCCGACGGCAGCGACUGA